AUGUUUACCAAGUUUCCGAGCUCACGUGAAGGCAGCACAGAUCCUGCGGAGUUUCGGGGAAGCGCAUCUGACGCGCGUUCACAUUCCCCCUCUCACACGCGCGCAACCGCAGAAUGGUCCCGGGCCCUGCCCACCCUUCUGGACUCUGAGGCCCGCAGAGAAAUCCACCUUGCACCCGGCAGAAAGAACCCCCAGUUACCACAGCAGCGGCCAGCCCGAGACAGAAUGUCAAGUACCCCUGAAGAAAGUCGCUCCAGGGGCGGAGGCUCCAACUGUGACCUGAAACUGGCUUCUUCGAGCAACACAUCCCCGGAGGGUGGACCUCCACCACCGCUGCACCAGAACCGAAUACGGCAGUCUGACAGUAACACCAGCUUCCUGCGGGCUGCCAGAGCCGGGAACAUUGACAAAGUCCUGGACUUCCUGAAAAAUGGAGUAGACAUCAGCACCUGCAACCAGAAUGGUCUGAAUGCACUUCACCUGGCUGCAAAAGAGGGACACAAGGAUUUAGUAGAAGAACUGCUGGAGAGAGGGGCACCUGUUGACUCUUCCACUAAGAAAGGAAACACAGCGCUCCAUAUUGCCUCACUGGCUGGACAAAAAGAAGUAGUCAGACUGCUAGUGAAGAGAGGAGCAGAUGUUAACUCACAAUCACAGAAUGGCUUCACUCCUCUCUACAUGGCAGCGCAGGAAAAUCAUUUGGAAGUUGUGAGAUUUUUGUUGGAAAGUGAAGGCAACCAAAGCAUUGCAACUGAGGAUGGCUUUACCCCUCUGGCUAUCGCUCUCCAGCAAGGCCACAACUCUGUGGUCUCCCUCUUGUUGGAGCACGACACCAAGGGGAAAGUCCGCCUCCCAGCCCUGCAUAUCGCAGCCCGCAAAGAUGACACAAAGUCGGCCGCAUUGUUGCUCCAGAAUGACCACAACGCUGACGUCCAGUCUAAGAUGAUGGUCAAUAGAACCACAGAGAAUGGGAAGAGUGGGUUCACCCCUCUGCACAUCGCAGCUCACUAUGGUAACGUGAAUGUCUCCACCCUGUUGCUGAACAGAGGAGCUGCUGUGGACUUUACAGCCAGGAAUGGCAUAACGCCUCUCCAUGUUGCCUCCAAGAGAGGCAACACAAACAUGGUGGCCCUGCUGUUGGACCGAGGGGGUCAGAUCGAUGCCAAAACCAGGGAUGGAUUGACCCCCCUGCACUGUGCAGCCAGGAGUGGACAUGACCCAGCAGUGGAAAUUCUGCUGGAAAGAGGAGCUCCCAUCUUAGCAAGAACCAAGAACGGACUAUCGCCACUGCACAUGUCAGCCCAGGGAGACCAUAUAGAGUGUGUUAAGCUGCUUCUGCAGCACAAGGCACCCGUUGAUGAUGUCACACUGGACUACCUCACGGCACUGCAUGUGGCGGCACACUGUGGCCACUACAGAGUCACCAAGCUUCUGCUGGAUAAAAAGGCCAAUCCUAACGCUCGAGCGCUGAAUGGUUUCACUCCUCUCCAUAUUGCCUGUAAGAAGAACAGAGUGAAGGUGAUGGAGCUCUUGGUCAAAUAUGGAGCUUCCAUUCAGGCCAUCACUGAGUCUGGACUGACGCCCAUCCAUGUAGCUGCCUUCAUGGGCCACCUCAACAUUGUUUUACUCCUGCUGCAGAAUGGAGCCUCUCCUGACGUCCGAAACAUUCGUGGUGAGACAGCUCUCCACAUGGCAGCACGAGCAGGUCAGAUGGAAGUGGUUCGUUGUUUGCUGAGAAAUGGAGCGUUGGUGGAUGCAAUGGCCAGGGAAGACCAGACUCCCCUCCAUAUCUCAUCCCGCCUUGGGAAAACUGAUAUAGUCCAGUUGCUGCUGCAGCACAUGGCUCACCCUGAUGCUGCAACCACCAACGGCUACACUCCCCUCCACAUCUCAGCCAGGGAGGGCCAGGUAGAGACUGCUGCCGUGCUGCUGGAAGCUGGAGCUUCUCACUCAAUGGCCACAAAGAAAGGAUUCACUCCGUUACAUGUAGCAGCUAAGUAUGGAAGCCUGGAUGUAGCAAAACUUCUCCUUCAACGCAAAGCUCUCCCUGAUGAUGCUGGCAAGAAUGGCCUGACCCCGCUACAUGUGGCAGCUCAUUAUGAUAACCAAGAAGUAGCCCUGCUGCUGCUUGAUAAAGGGGCAUCCCCUCAUGCCACUGCAAAGAAUGGCUACACUCCUCUCCACAUUGCAGCCAAAAAGAACCAGACAAACAUUGCAUUAGCACUGCUGCAGUAUGGAGCAGAGACCAAUAUCCUGACCAAACAAGGGGUCAGCCCUCUACACCUUGCAGCCCAAGAAGGACAUGCUGAGAUGGCUAGCCUGCUGCUGGACAAAGGAGCUCAUGUCAAUGCUGCAACAAAGAGUGGACUUACACCUCUACAUCUGGCAGCCCAGGAAGACAGGGUCAAUGCAGCAGAGAUACUGGCCAAACAUGAUGCCACUUUGGAUCAGCAGACUAAGCUUGGAUAUACCCCUCUGAUAGUGGCCUGUCACUAUGGAAAUGCCAAGAUGGUGAACUUCCUGUUACAGCGGGGUGCCAGUGUCAACGCCAAAACCAAGAAUGGAUACACACCUCUUCAUCAGGCAGCACAACAAGGGAACACACAUAUUAUUAAUGUGCUGCUACAACAUGGGGCAAAACCAAAUGCUACUACAGUGAAUGGAAACACGGCUCUGUCUAUUGCCAGACGACUUGGUUACAUCUCUGUAGUGGACACACUGAAGGUGGUCUCAGAGGAGGUCAUCACAACCACAACGACGGUCACAGAGAAACACAAGCUGAAUGUCCCUGAAACCAUGACUGAGAUCCUGGAUGUCUCUGAUGAAGAAGGUGAGGACACAAUGACCGGUGAUGGAGGCGAGUAUCUGAGGGCAGAGGAUCUCAGAGAGCUGGGAGAUGACUCUCUUCCAGGACACUACCUGGACGGUUUCAGCUACAUGAGCCACAACCUAGACAGGCCGCAGCUCACUCCUAUUCAUCAAAGUUUCCAUCAGAGAGAGGGAGUCCUCAUAGAGGACAUGCUAACCAGUCACCAGGUGUCUGCACUGGCUAGAGAGCAUGACAAGGAAUCUUUCCGUCUGAGCUGGGGUGCUGAGCACCUCGAUAACGUGGUGCUGUCCUCCAGUCUGCUCCACUCUGGCUUCCUGGUCAGCUUCAUGGUGGAUGCUAGAGGUGGGGCUAUGCGUGGUUGCCGUCACAAUGGUCUAAGAAUCAUUGUACCACCAAGAAAGUGUUCUGCACCCACACGGGUGACCUGCAGGCUGGUGAAGAGACACCGUCUGGCCUCCAUGCCUCCCAUGGUGGAGGGCGAGGGGCUGGCCGGUCGCAUAAUCGAAGUGGGACCAACUGGAGCCCAGUUCUUGGGUAAGCUCCACCUUCCCACAGCCCCGCCCCCUCUAAAUGAGGGUGAGAGUCUGGUCAGCCGCAUCCUGCAGCUGGGUCCUCCAGGAACUAAAUUCCUCGGGCCUGUCAUUGUGGAGAUCCCCCAUUUUGCAGCUUUGCGGGGCACAGAAAGAGAGCUAGUGAUCUUGAGGAGUGAAACUGGGGAGAGCUGGAGGGAACACCACUGUGAAUUCACAGAAGAGGAACUGAAUCAGAUACUGAAUGGCAUGGAUGAAAAACUUGAUUCUCCAGAGGAGCUUGAAAAGAAAAGAAUAUGCCGCAUCAUCACCCGAGACUUCCCCCAGUAUUUUGCUGUUGUGUCCCGGAUAAAGCAGGACAGUCAUUUGAUUGGUCCAGAAGGCGGGGUCCUUAGUAGCACUCUUGUGCCCCAGGUCCAGGCUGUCUUCCCUGAAGGUGCCCUCACCAAGAAGAUCAGAGUUGGUCUUCAGGCUCAGCCCAUUGACGUGGAGGUGGUGAGGAAGAUUCUCGGUAACAAAGCCACAUUCAGUGCCAUCGUCACAUUGGAGCCACGAAGGAGGAAGUUCCACAAACCAAUCACAAUGACAAUCCCUAUUCCUAAGAGCUCCAAUAGUGACGGGCAAAACACAGAGUUCAGCGGGGCGACCCCCACCUUACGUUUGCUUUGCAGUAUUACAGGAGGAACAACUCCUGCCCAAUGGGAGGACAUCACAGGCUCAACACCUCUCACCUUUGUUAACCAAUGUGUUUCCUUCACCACCAAUGUGUCAGCGAGGUUCUGGUUGAUAGACUGCAGACAGAUCCAAGAGUCUGUUAGCUUUGCUUCUCAGCUGUACCGGGAGAUCAUCUGUGUCCCUUACAUGGCCAAGUUUGUCAUUUUUGCCAAGACGCUGGACCCCAUUGAGGCUCGCCUGCGCUGUUUCUGCAUGACAGAUGACAAGAUGGACAAGACCUUGGAACAACAAGAGAACUUCACAGAAGUGGCCCGUAGCCGAGAUGUUGAGGUGCUGGAGGGAAAACCUAUAUUUGCUGACUGCUAUGGAAACCUGGUGCCUCUUACCAAGAGUGGGCAGCAUCAUGUCUUCAGCUUCUUUGCCUUCAAAGAAAAUAGACUGGCCCUCUUCAUCAAAAUUCGAGACACAGCACAGGAUCCUUGUGGUCGCUUGUCUUUUACCAAGGAGCCACGCACGUACCGUAGUCUUACCCACAAUGCUAUCUGCAAUCUUAACAUCACACUCCCAGCUUACUCAAAGGAGUCUGAUUCAGACCAAGAUGGAGAUGAUGAGAGCGAGAAGAGUGACAAGAAAUUGGAUUGGCAGGAUGAUGCUGACAGAAAAGAGGAGACAUUAGCAAUCGUUGCAGAUCUACUUGGCUUCAGCUGGACUGAACUAGCGAAAGAACUGGAAUUCAGUGAGAAUGAUAUCCAAUUGGUGCGAACAGAAAAUCCCAACUCCCUCCAAGAGCAAAGCCACGCUUUACUUCAACGCUGGGUUGAGCGGGAAGGCAAACAUGCCACAGAGGAUUGUCUUAUUAAAAGACUUACCAAGAUAAACCGCAUGGACAUUGUCCAUCUAAUUGAAACCCAGAUGAACAAAUCAGUCCAAGAGCAAACAUCUAGAACUUAUGCAGAAAUAGAGAAGACACUGGAUCACAGUGAAGUGUCAGUUGCCCUUUCUUCAGUACAAGAUGAUACAGACAGUCCCAGAAUCAUUCGGAGGGUGGAAUCAGAUCGCAGACCGCCCCCAGCUGUUUCUGAAGAGGACCUAUCAGUUGCUUCUCUACUUGAUAUUCCUUCCUGGGCAGAGCCUGUCGGGCAAAUCCACUCAGAAAGCAUGCAUGGUGACCUUUUGGAGGAGCUUGAGAUCCCACAUGAAUUGAACCCCAACCUGUGGACCUCAGAGGACAUUAUUACACAAGAACCUACAAGCUAUGACAACUCAGAUGAGCAAGGUGAUGAAAUGCCCAAUCUCCCCACUCAGUCAGUGACUGAAGAGAAGUACAAGGACGAAAAUGGACAUGUUGUGGUCAAAAAGGUUACCCGGAAAAUUGUUCGGAAGUGCGUAUCCGUAGAUGGUUUGGAGCAUGAAGAGGUUUCAAUCGAAGGAGCUCCCCAGCAGUCCAUCAGUAUGGCGGAGGGAGACGGAUACUCAAAGGUGGUGAAGCGGACUGUACUGAAGAGUGAGGGAGACCACACAGAGGUAACAUUUGCUGAAGGGUUCUCAGCAUCAAAGGAAGAGACUGCAGAAGGUGGGAAGGUCCGACACACGGAGAGGACGACAGUGCUCAAGGGGGAGAGGACAAUGACACACCAUGGGGAUCAAUCUCUGGCCUCUGACCUCCCCUCAGCUAAAGAUGACUUCAAACAGGCUCUUGGUUAUAUAAGUGGUUUUAGUGGAGCAGAGCUCCCUCAUGUGGUAGAAAGACAGACUGUCAAAGAAGAUGGAACUGUGGUCAGGAGGGCCCACAUGCAUAAAGGUCGCACUCUCAGACAAACAGUGGUGAAGGGAGCUGGGCAGCACAAACACGUCCUUCUCAAGCAUGUGGGCAACCACAGAAAAGGGUCAAAAACACACGAUCUCCAGCAGCAUCUACACCAGCUGUUUCACCACUACUGCAAAGAAGACAAAGAAGAAGAAGAGGAGGAGAACACCGACGAGGAUAGAGAUGAGGAGGAGGAGUAGAAGAAUGUGUAUCGCUCUCUCCAUGACUCCCCUGGCUCUGCCCAUGCUAAAGCCCCCUCACUAAUCCUAUGCAUUAGCCACAUGCAAUCCCAGUGUGCUCCAUGGCACCUCAAAGCUACCACAGUCUUCCCAUUCAAGUCCUGGAAGAUGAUGUUUUUGUUCACACUUUGGAGCAGUCUUCCUAAGCUAAAUUAAUGUUCUGAUGAUUUCCUUUUCAUGUUCUGAUGUUGUUUUGCCUUUUUUGUGACCAAAGAAAGCCUUCUGUUGUUUUCCUGAUUAAUUUUUGCUUUCAGAAUUGUCUUUUUUGUCUUGAUGCUGUGGUCAACAACAACAUAAAAAAAGACACAGAGGAACACUAUUUACAUAGAAUAACUCACAAACCUCCUGGGGGUAAGGCCCACUUCAUGUUCAAAAUACUGGUAUUACUCUACAAGUCGUUGCUUGGACUUUAAAAGACAGUAUCCCACACUGCACUGCCUCUCACAGAAAGAUAUUCCUCACCCAGACAACUGUCUCACUCAAUGUACUAGCCUGGUUUACUCUUUGGAUUCAGGUGGUGAAGAUGUCACACAGAGAAAACCUGACUGUAUCGACACUGAAUUUAACUGCUGAUGCUGCUGCUGCUGUGUUUUGUGUAGGCUAUGUGUUACCCAUCCUCUGGAAUUAUAUAUUAUCUAUAAUCUAGACAUUAAUGACAUCAGUAGCCUAGGAAUUAAUAAUCACUCAUGUGAAGUAGAGCAGGCAUGACUAAUCAAAAUCUGUCAUUUUGAUCCUUGCUUUGACUGCUUUGUAGUUCUAUGGAUUGCCCUUCUCUGCCUCUCUGUGUCUGUCUCUGUGUGUUUUUAUGUUGAUUUCUUUUCUGUUUAAAUUUCUCUUAAAAUGUCCAAACUGACUCAUGAUGUGUGAAUGUUGAAUGUCUAUAGUACGUGAGUCCAUGCAUGUGUUAAUUUCAGCAUUGUAAGUUUGUUUAAAGAGGGUAUUAUCAGUGUUGUUUAGCUGUUUUAAACUCUGUUAAAUAAUGGAGUUUUUAGAAGUUAUUUUCCUUGUACAUGUUUUUUCUUUGAAUAUGAUUGAGACCUUUUUUUUGUGAAGGUUGUGGCGAUGGUGAAUAAGGUUGUCACAGUCGCUUCGGGGAGUCAUGAACUAAGAUUUGUGGUAAGGUGAUUGUUUUUUUUUUCUUCUGCUUUAUUUAAUGUAGAAUUAUCAGUUUGAAAGAGAAUGUGUUGGACCAGUUGUUUUUCUUCGGUGCUGUGUGUGUAUGAGUGGAAGAGUGUGUCGUUUCAGUCAGCAAACUGAAGAAACAUAUUUUACACCUUUGCACUCCUGAAUGUCGGGACGGAUCACCUCCAUGCUUUUUGUGCACACGGUCUGAGGUACACCGUCAUAUUUUGGUGUGACGGAUCAUAAAUACAUGGUAAACGAUACACCAGAUACACGUAAUGAGGCAGGUGGAGAGCUUAAAUAUAUCAUUAUUCACUGCUCUGAGCAUUGCUACUGUAUCUACAACAUGUAAUGUAUUUAUUAUUUAACUCUCACUGUUUACUUUUGUGAUUUAGAAAAAUGUAAAAUGCAAACUAGUGGAAGUUCACUGUGACAGGUAUGCUUUUAAUUUUAAGAAUCAGCAUCCCUUUUCUGUGAUGAUGACAGUUAUAUACAUAUACAAUGCAUAUAUAAAUAUCUAUAAGGGCAUGUAUUACUGUAUCAAAAUUCAAAGAGACAAAAAUAAAAUGGCUGA